AGAGAGCGUGCACGUGUACACAUAAAAACACACCAUUCUAUGGAGUGUUGAAGUAGAGUGAAAGUGAAUAUUAUGAGCCUGCGCUGCGCGUGGCCAGAAAUUUUACAAAUUGCUCUUUUACGGAACACACCUUCAUGCCAAGGCCAGCCACUCUAGCGAUCAAUUAUUGUUUUGUAGUUGUAGUGCUCAGCGGUCAGCAAGCGGUUGCCAGUGUUGAGGGGGCUGGGCCGGCAGCCAAGGUAUAUAUAUAAUAAAUUAUAAUUGUAAUACUUGAUAAUAGUUGAGUUAAAUAGUGCAGUCACGCGAAGUACUCAGUGCAUAUUUGUGGACGUGCGGGUAUUUUCAAUACUGUAAAACUAAUGCUUUCUUUGUAGACUACUAGAAUCUACAAAAACACCAGCGUCGAGUGUCGGAUUGGAGAGUGGAAACUGAAUCGCUACGUCGAACGUGAGAACAAGAAUUGAGGAGGUUUGUGUUUAUGUCUUUGGCGGUUGCUAUGGCCUCGACUGAACAGACACCUGACUUUCACAUGUUGCAUUUACAAGCUGCUGUUGAACACAAUUCAGAUGUCUUGGAGACUAUUUUGAGGACGCUGCAAGAUGUUCAGUACCUGAGCGUAAAGACAGACAAGAGAGUUGGAGCUCUUGAGACUCAAGUCAAAGAACUUCUUUCUAGGAACUCACAAGUUCCGCUAGAUCAGGUCAAAGGUUGUGACCUGCCUGCUUCUGCAGCCCAAGCCACUACUUUGACCAGUCCUGAAGUCAUUGGAGAGAUCAUGGACGGACUGAGGGGGGAGUCGACAGAAGUCAAGUCUCUCAUUAGGGAAGAGGCAGGCCGUCUUGGUGAUAUUUGUUCGCAGCACCACAGUGAUGUCGUUUCAAAGCUUGAAAAAGCAGAGGAGUUGAUAUUACCACCACGGUCUGAGAUGGCCGCAGAAAUUGUGAAAAUGACAUCGCACUUUGAAGGAGUAGAAAACGGAAUGAGAACAAUUGAAAAUUCUACAAAUGAGUAUUUAUAUCUUUUGAAUAAUGUACAUAGGAAUCUCAUACCUAAGGAGGAGCUGACUAAUACACUGAAAACUCUGACUGAAGCCUCAGAGAAACAAUUAUGUCAGUUAAAUAAAAUUGUAAAGGAACACGAUUCAGUUGUCAGUUCAGGGAACUUGUCUCAUAUGAAAGGGGCAGGGAUGCAAGUAUGUUCCAGGUUACAUGAACUUAGAGAUGAGUUUGGAACUAGGUGGAAGACAGCAUCAAGAGAUGACAGCCCCGAUUCAGAUCGUGAAGUCGCAGAAUGUCAUGGUAUCCAGGGCGUUGUUGAGACAUCCGAGAAGAACCAUGAGUACAGGUAUCGCUUUGGUGUUAAAGAUUUUAGCAGGUGGAGAUGGGGAGAGUCACAAUACAGUGACGUGUGGCAUAUAGGUGAGGACCCAUCUCAUGUGAAAGGUGUUGUAAAGUUUUCUUUUAACAAUGAGAAAAUAGCGGUGGGUCUGCGCUACAGUCGGUGCCUGUGUCCCCAAGUUGUUGGCUCAGGUCUUAGAGGGAAGACGCAGGUUGCUGUGACAGUGACGGCCUUGUGUCAAGUUGGUAAGGGAUGGGACUGGAAGCUGGGGAGUAAAGAGGGUGAGAUUAGCGGAGAGUUUGUAGACUGGGAAGAGUGGUUGGUGUCAGGUGAUAUACCUAUCAGUGAGUUGAAGAGACGGGGAUUGGUGAAUAAUGAUCAGCUUGUGUUGCAGUAUCAGAUCUGUUUACCAGGGAUGGUGGGAAAAGUAAUUGAUGUCUAGAAAGGUUGACAGAGGCUGAACGUUGUAGAAGAGAAGCUCACAAGAAAAAAAUGGAUUUACACUUAAGUACUAACCAACACCAGAAAACUUUUAUGUUGCUUAUUUCAAGUUGUGAAGCUCUAGUAAACAGGCAGACAGAAUUAACUCUACAGUUCUGGCAGCUUCUGCUGUCUUUUGUGUCAGACAUGUUGAUCUCUCCUUUCCUUCUGAAUGAAAACUUAAAUCUGAAUGGGGAGUCGAUGUCAGAUCUGCAGAUUAUGAAAUGUAUAUUGGAGCCCUGGCCUUAGUGCUCUGGAGGGAGCAGCUUUUUCUCUGGUCUGACUGCUUGUGACUGACGUCUAGAGGCUACUGCCUACAGGUUAUAAUAAAUAUGCUCUCUUUUUUGGGGCAUGGAAUGAGAUUGCCAAAGCUGAUCUCUGACAAUACCUGUUAAUUCUUUGAACCCUGAACUUUGAUGUUUCCCAAAUUCCCAUCCGUGGACUAUUGGAACAAGGCCAGCUCUAGGUGCACCAGCCGUACAGGACUGGAUAUCAAGGGUUGUUCAGAAUAUCAUUUAUAUAUAUAUAUAUCGUAUACCACCAGGCUUAGACUAGGUGGCCCCCAGCCAGUGAGAUGUAGGUGUGGCAUAGCCUGUCUGCAGCAACAGAUGCUUCAAGUCAGCAGAUUUGAACAGAAGGUUGUAUGAUGAGGCCCCUUAUUUCUCAGCGAAGUAAAAAGUAGGCUUGUAGACCAUUCUGUGCAGAACAUAGAGGAAGAAGUCUGACGCAAGUUCAGUUUAUUCUAUCUUACGAUUCUGUUUCAAGAAACAGCUGAGUAUAUCAUCGACUUCCCACAGUUGUGGAACAGAAGAGUCAUAGCCUUGUUAAAAACUCAUUAUAGUUAUAGCCUUCCAUUAAAAUUAAAUAACAAUUCUCUGUCAGUGGAAAUGAAUAAAUUCACCUUUGUUUGAG